GGGAUCGUGGAGAUCUUCUACUCCAACCCUCCCCCCCCCCACGCUCGAGCAGGAGACCCUUAGAGAACGGCAGAGAGGGAAAGGGACCUUGGAGGUCAUCUAGUCCACCCCCCUCUUACGGAAUCAUAGAAUAAAGAAUUGAAAGCCCCACCAGCCCAAGAAGCAUUCGGGAUACCACCCCUCCCCCCUUGGAAGGCUGGGAAGAGUGAACUUUCAUAAACAGCCAGGAAGCUCGAGGUUUGCUCCGGCGUGAAUUCUUCUGAACAUGGCGGAGGGCCUCCGAGGGCCCGAGCGGAGGAUCGUCCUGGUGGGCAAAAGUCGAAACGGGAAAAGUGCGACGGGAAACACCAUCCUGGGUGGCAACGUCUUUCACUUUCAGUUGUGGCCAUCCGGAAGCCAGAUUUGCCAAAAGGAGGAGAUGAGGUGGAAGGGCCGGACGGUUGCGGUGGUCGACACGCCAGGCUUUUUGAGCUCUAAGCCUUCCCAGUGGGCAACCGCUGCCGAAGUCAGCAAGUGCGUGAUCAUGUGCCAGCCGGGUCCCCACGUUAUCCUGCGGGUAAUUCAUCCUGGCCGUUUCUCCCAGGAAGAAGAGGCGGUGUCUCGGCGGAUCGAGGGGAUCUUCAGCCCGAAGGUCAGGAAUUACACGAUCCUCUUGUUCACCCACAAGCCUGACCUGAAAGGUAAGACUGUGGAGGAAUUCGUAGCCGAGGGAGACGCCUCGCUUCGGGAACUGGUGGCCCAGUGUGGGCACCGCUGCCUGGCCUUCGACAACAAGGCCAAAGGAGAAGAACGGGAGGCUCAGCUGGCCGAACUGAUGACCAUGAUUGACGAGCUGGUGUGGAAGAACAUAGACGCUCCUUGUUACACGGAGGACAUGAUGAAGGACGACGACGAGCGGUACGAACGAAAGAAUGACGCCUGGUGUCUUGUGGCCUAACGGACACCAGCAAUCUUCUCUCAGGGAUCCUCUGCUCCAAGGGGGCUGCUCUGUCAAAGGCCACCGCCCUGCUUUCCCCCCUUCUGCGCUGAGUUCUAAUCCAGCCCUCGUUGGGAGACCGCCAAAGAACCCGAAUCAGAGAUUCGUAGCGGAGUCACCCUGAGCCGAUUCCUUCUGCCGAGAACCCAGUUUCUCCCCUCAGAUGACAGGACUUCCUUCAAGGGCCCGGGAACAUUCUGCCCUCAAGUGGCCUCACAGCCUACAUGUCCACCAUCCUGAACCCAGGUCCCUCUGGAAGGACAUUCUGUUUGGGGCUUCCCACCCAUCUGUCCUUCAAGGUAGACCAGACCAGGAAACUGCCACCACACGAAAUAUUAGAGCUUGGCUUGAUUUGAUAUAGAGAAUACCAGCAGAAUCCUGAAAGUGUCUCCCCUUCGCUCCCGCUGGCACCAAAGAACAUCAAGACAAGGCAGCCUUGAGCUUCUUGCUCACCCGUUCCUAUUUUCCCACAGUGAAUUCACGUUUUCUUAAUAGUUGCCACAUGUUUUCUUUGGGACUUCCUCAUGUGUCAAUCCUUCGAGGCAGACCAGGCCGAGAAACCACCGACACAACAAAUAUUAGAUUUUAUCGGUGCCAAUUAUACUAGCAGAAUCUUGAAAACAUCUUCCGUUCGCUCCCGCAGGCACCAAAGCGCAUCAAGGUAGACCAGACCAGGAAACUGCCACCACACGAAAUAUUAGAGCUUGGCUUGAUUUGAUAUAGAGAAUACCAGCAGAAUCCUGAAAGUGUCUCCCCUUCGCUCCCGCUGGCACCAAAGAACAUCAAGACAAGGCAGCCUUGAGCUUCUUUCUCACCCGUUCCUGUUUUCCUGUGGUGAAUUCAUGUUUUCCUAACAGCUGCCACGUAUUUUCUUUGGGACUUUGAAAGGAUUUUAUUGUGCUUAUGAUUUUAGUAUGUUUAAGUUUGACAUUAGCAUUUAUUUUAUAUAUAGUAACCAUUUUAUAUUGAUACUUAUAGUGUUAUCAUGUAAUCAUUGUUUUGUUAUUUUGU